GUUUGUUCUCCAGGGUCAGGCUACCCGUAUGUUCUGGAGGCCCCAGCCCAGGAUUUUAUCUCUGUUUGCACAGUUCGCUGCCAAAAAUUCCUGAUCUCACGAGUUGGAGAGGACUGGAUCUUCCUGAUCCUGCUUGGACUGGUCAUGGCCCUCGUCAGCUGGGUGGUAGACUUCUGCAUCGCUAUCUGCCUACAAGCACAGAAGUGGAUGUAUGGUGGUCUGGACAGUAACGUGUUCCUACAGUACCUGGCCUGGGUCACCUACCCUGUGGUCCUUAUCACCUUCUCUGCCGGCUUCACACAGAUCCUCGCUCCCCAGGCUGUUGGUUCAGGCAUUCCUGAGAUGAAGACCAUCCUGCGAGGGGUGGUGCUGAAGGAAUACCUCACUUUCAAAACGUUUGUGGCCAAAGUCAUCGGUCUCACCUGCGCCCUGGGAAGUGGCAUGCCUCUGGGCAAGGAGGUAGCACGCACUCAUGCAUGCACGAAUGAGUCGAGGAACAUCGAGAUGCUUGCGGCAGCCUGUGCAGUGGGACUGAGCAGCUGCUUUGCUUCCCCAAUAGGAGGUGUGUUGUUCAGUAUUGAAGUAACAUCCACAUUCUUUGCUGUGAGGAACUACUGGAGAGGGUUCUUUGCAGCUACCUUCAGUGCCUUCAUCUUCAGAGUGCUGGCUGUCUGGAACAGAGACGAAGAGGCCAUCACGGCACUUUUCAGCACCCAUUACCAUUUGAAUCUUUCCUUUCACCUUAAGGAGCUUCCUGCCUUCAUUGUCCUUGGAUGUGAGAUGUGUGUGCUGGUGUGUGCCCGCGCGUGUGUGUGUGUCAGAAGUAGCACCACAUGCAAAAGCAGGAUAAGCCUCAGUACAGUGAGAAAUACAAGUGCCUCUAACCUCUCUUUCACAUUACAAUGCUGCUUGAAGGACUUCAGUCUCCUGGGAACCAAGAAUGAGUCGAGGAACAUCGAGAUGCUUGCGGCAGCCUGUGCAGUGGGAGUGGGCUGCUGCUUUGCUGCCCCCAUAGGAGGUGUGUUGUUCAGUAUUGAAGUAACAUCCACAUUCUUUGCUGUGAGGAACUACUGGAGAGGGUUCUUUGCAGCUACCUUCAGUGCCUUCAUCUUCAGAGUGCUGGCUGUCUGGAACAGAGACGAAGAGACCAUCACGGCACUUUUCAAAACCCGUUUCCGUUUGGAUUUUCCCUUUGAUCUUCAGGAGCUUCCUGCCUUCGCAGUCAUUGGUAUUGCCAGUGGAUUCGGUGGUGCUUUGUUCGUUUACCUGAACCGACUGAUUGUCCAGUUCAUCAGAAAACAAAAGACCAUCAACAAAUUCCUCAUGAAGAAACGACUACUGUAUCCAGCGCUGGUCACUUUUUUGAUUUCAACACUGACAUUUCCACCUGGAUUUGGACAGUUUAUGGCUGGAGAGUUGACUCAGGGGGAGUCUCUGCUGACGUUGUUUGACAACCAGACGUGGGCAAAACAGGGAAAUCCUGACGAAUUUGACUACCUUGGAAAAGCUGAAGCCUGGAAACACCCACAAGUCAACAUCUUCGUCACUCUGGUCCUCUUCAUCAUCAUGAAGUUUUGGAUGUCUGCCUUGGCCUUCACCAUGCCUGUGCCCUGUGGAGCCUUCGUGCCUGUGUUUGUCAUUGGAGCAGCGUUUGGUCGUCUGGUUGGAGAAAGCAUGGCAGCCUGGUUCCCAGAUGGCAUUCACUCUGAUGGAUCCAUCUAUCCCAUAUUGCCAGGAGGCUACGCUAUUGUGGGUGCUGCAGCCUUGUCAGGAGCGGUCACCCACACCGUUUCAACGGCGGUCAUUGUGUUUGAACUGACUGGUCAGAUCUCCCACAUCCUGCCGGUGAUGAUAGCUGUUAUACUGGCCAAUGCCGUCGCUCAAUCUUUGCAGCCAUCACUCUACGACUCCAUAAUCAGGAUCAAGAAGCUGCCCUACCUACCAGAGCUGGGCUGGGGUCACCAUGAGAAAUACAACAUCCGUGUGGAGGACUUUAUGGUGCGGGAUGUACCGUACAUCACACUCAACUGCUGCUACCGAGACCUACGCAACGUCCUGAUGUCAAAACAUCUCAAGACUCUGGCUUUAGUGGAAUCUGCUGAGUCAAUGAUCCUGUUGGGCUCCAUAGAGCGUGCCCAGCUGCAGUCGCUGCUCUCCCAGCAGCUCAGUCGCAGCAGACGCAUGGACUACAUCAGGGAACGAGCUGCGGCAGAGAAAAAACGCCUGUCUGAUGAGUCGAACAGCGAUAGCGAGGAUGGGCGCCAUCGAGCCAGCCAGGAGGUCCGCUCCCAGAUUUCUACUGAGGAGUCCACCUUCAGUCCAACUUGUCCAGCUGGUCAGAAGCCUCUGAAACCUGCACUGAAAAGAUCAUCUGUUGUGGAGAGACCCACUGAGCUUCCCACUAGCCCACAGGACCAUUCUGGCAUAGCGUUGAAGAGCCUGUUCUGCUCCAGUCCAGAUGUAGAAGGUCUGGAGAAAAACAACAAUAUGGAGACCCCAGUGUCUCCUGAGCAAAGGAGGCCAUCCAAACGAGUCCGGAUAUCCAUCGUGGAGCCACCUCCCAGCCUAAAGGGUUUCUUUGUGGAUGAUGGAGAUGUGGAAGGCGACAUGACACUUCGUGAGAUUCCAGAGUGGGAGGAGAGGCAGCUUGAUGAGCAAGUCAACUUCAACAACUGCAAGAUUGACCCCGCCCCCUUUCAGCUGGUGGAGCGCACUUCGCUGCAUAAGACUCACACCAUUUUCUCCCUGCUGGGCCUCGACCACGCCUACGUCACCAGCAUCGGCCGUCUCAUCGGGGUGGUUUCCCUCAAGGAGCUACGCAAAGCCAUCGAGGGCUCUGUGACAGUAAAAGGUGUGAAGGUGCGUCCGCCUCUGGCCAGCUUCCGGGACAGUGGGACCAGCAGCAGCGAGACGGAGGCGACAGAGCUCCAUAAGCUGUGGGACCGUCACAGGAGCGUGUCACUGCCAGGAGAACAGCCCACGUCGGAGUCCGACGAGAAGUCCCAGUGAGGGAAAGCUGAGGACAAAUAGGAAGAAGAGGUGCAGGUGGGGGAAGAGGAGGUGGAGGAUGCAUUGAGAUCUUUAAUCUCCAAAGCCACAAACAUGCAAAACUCCUCAGGGCUACAGAUCAUUAUUUAAGUAUAGAAAGUUCUGCUAUGCCGUUCUCCCUUCUCUCCUCAUCUGCCACUCUACCUCCUCCAGCACCACCUCCUCGGCUUCUUUACUCACCCUGUGCUUCCUCCAGGAGCCUUGCUGUGGCCCAGCCAGACACUCCACAGGAAGACAUAAACACCUACCUGGCCCCGGCUCUCCAUUUACCCUUGGGGUUCCACAGUGUAUCGUGUUUGUCUCCUCCAAAGCUGGGUCUGAGUUUUUAAAAAGGGAUUUUUUUUUUUUUUUGUAGACUUUAUUUUAUUUUAUUUUUGCUUGUGUUUAGAGUUUGAAUCAAGGUUUGAAGAUGCAAAAUAUGUCAAGCAAGUCUUCCACUUGAGUCCUGAAAUUCAACAAGGAAGAAUACUGUAAUGUUUGUGUGUACUGGGAGUGUGAAUGUAUGAAAGGAGAAAAAUGUGUGCAUGAAAAGGGCAGCAUAGACUCUAUCGUAUAGGAUUUUUUUUUUUUUUUUUUACUGCCUUUAGAACAAAUUUCAGUCUUUAUUGUCCUUUGUGACGAGGUUCAGUCUUGAUAAAUCAGGAGGUCUGGAAGAAUCAGUUUGUCCCACGACCAAGCAUUGAACUGAUAAAGGGACAGAUGCUGAAGUAGUUUGUUGUUUAUGUCUUUUCCUGUGCAUGCUCACCCCUCCACUGCACGUCCUAGCGAUUAGGUCGAGUGCAGCGAGCAGCCAGGCCUAUUGGCACCAUGGUGUACACUCCCUUUAUUCUGUAGCUCUGGCCUCAAGUGACGUGAGGCUGAAACGCACACAAACACUUUGCAGCAGUGCACUCAGACGGUGGAUGUUCUCUGCUUAUUUAAAUCUGACUUUCAGUUUCUGAGAGAGUUGGGGAAGAUGAGGAGGACGGGAGGGAGGAAGGACAGGAAUCAAAUGCUUGUCUGGAAGACUGGAUACUCAUCAAUCUGAAUUUAAUCGCUAUGUGAGCUGUUAUAUCACCUCAGACACAACACAAACCGCACUUAUAUACUGGUACAAAAUGCUGAUGAAAUAUUCAUUGUCUGCUUAAAACCACUGACCGAAAUCUAUAACGGACCAACAGGGAGUGAUUUAACUUGUUCAGUUGGACAAAAUAACUAGAGUUUAGCUGCUGCAUUAUUAUUAGACUACUGUUAACGACUCUGAGGCAUGAAUGUGUAACAGCACUGUGUUUUCUGAUUCCUGACAUGACAGAUAACACUAAAUACCUUCCAUGUCUUCCAUAGUUCCUUCUGUUCAUUAAGAGAAAAACAUUUCUUCCAGCUUCUCCGUCCUGUCCUAAACAUCCUAAACGCAUGCCUUAGGACCAGGCAAAGAUUUUUGCCACCAUUCUAUUGCCUUAUAAAAACUCUCCCAGCCUCCCAAUGUCUUCAGUGGUUUUAAAUAGAUUUUAGCAUCUUUUCUUGUUUGGUUCUGCAGAAUAGGAAGUGUCUGCAGCGACAAAGCAUAGCUUUGCAUGAGAGAAAGCAUGUGGCAUUUAUUUUAUGCGAUCAAAACGCACCAAAAGCAACAGACAAUUGGCCGGAUGAAUGAUGUCUUGGAUUUGCCAUCCUGUGCCUGUAUUUUCUGCCAUUCUGCUGUGUCUCCCUCUUAUCCAGUAAUCUUUAUUCGUUUCCUGAUUUAUAACCGGGUAUUGGAGUCUUUGUGGGCUCAGAAACUUACAGAUUAAUAUAUUUAAUAUCAUUCCUGUAAUCUGAAAUCAUGAUCUUGUGUUUUAACCAAU